AGACCAGAGGCCACCUAUGACCAGUGAGCACUGUCUGCUAGUGGACAUACGGGCAAGUUUGGAGAGAAGAUCAGUCAAGAACAACCAUUUAUCCUGCACCAUCGUAAUGUGGAUUACUGCUAGUCCCUCCUAUACUGGCCCUGACCAUGUCAGAAAAUUUCCAAAGCACACCUUUCUUUAGGACAGAAAGUACUCUGCAGCCCUCUCUGCCUGUGCUGAACAACUCCACACCCUCAGGAAUGGUGUGCAACUACUCCAGUGUCUCCAUCCCAGCUGUGAGUUCAGCAUGGCUCCUGCCAUCAGCAUCCAGUACUUCUCUCCAGCCACUCAUGGGCAGUGCCUACCUUAAUCUACAUGCUAGCACAACUAUGCUGACAGUGAUGACUGACCAGAGCCAUGUCUCCAACUCCAUACUCUGCUGUCCAGUGGUGGAACUGGAGACAUCCCUGGGAGUGUGCCCUUCAGGCCAAACAUUUUGUCUGCUGCAGAGUCCAGAAUUCUACAUCACUAGCACCCAGGUUUCCCUGAAGAAGACACCAUCUCUUGGUGGGGACAGGCCAUUAAAAAUACCUGUCCAUAGUCCUUCAGAAUCCCUGUCCUUGCCUCCAGCUCCAAGCUAUGAACAAACAGAGAUUAAAAACAUGCAUGAGAUGCCUUUGAUGCCUCGGGAUGCUUAUUAGGACACUAAAGAAAACCAAGACCCAACACUCUUCCCUUUAGCACACCCUGACUUGCAGUAGCCUCUGCACUGGCCUGACACUGGAGCCUAAGAAUGAAGUCUGCUCCUGACAAUACCAGCUUGGGAGGCAUCAGACUAGGUCUGGAAGAUAAAGAAAAACUGGACAGUUUGAUGGUGUCCACUAUGGAAUUUGCAAAUAUCACCACACUGGUAGCAAAUAUUCACCCAACUCUUCAACUUCCUCACUGGCCUAGAUCAAUUUCAAGAUACUGUAGCAACUGAAUCCACAGACUCCACAGUCAUCUGGAUGGACCAGGCCCAAGACAAAAUCCUCAGUGAGCCCUCUGACAAGGUGAGGAAGGAAGACCAUAAAACCUCUGAGCUGAUUUAUGGAGCUACUCAGGCCAAAAUCCAAAGCUGCAAUUUAGUAGAGGCAGAGGGGACUAUGGCCAGUGUUGGGGCCAGUGAUGGGGAUAUUGAAAGUAUGGAAAAGGACUUGUAAGACAAAGCUCCCAAAGUGUCACCCAUUAGGCCAGGAAGAGCUAAUGGACAAGGGCAAGACAAGACCAAAUGGAACAAAGAAAAUAAUUCCAAGAAAACAGAGGAGCUUAAACAGUCAAGGAACAGAGUCAAAGCUGAAGAGAAGCACACAAUCCCGAAGUCCAAGAUAAAGAGUGAUCUACCUGAGCUCAGCCACAACAUAUUUAAAAAGCCUUGAACCCACAUUGGAAUGCACAUGCUGGAGUCCAUGCAGGUCUGCCACCCACUAGGGAAGAAGAGUGAAAAGAAACCUGGCAUUGCAUAUUCUUGGAUUCUGGGAACUUUUAGCAGCAACAAAUAUUCUGGGCCAAGCCCAGCCACAACAGUACUACACGAUAUGCUACAUGAGUGCCAGGGCCGUGACAAAACUCUAGGCAAGGCUCAUUGAGUAGAAAGCAGUGCUUUCAAAAAGUGUCCAUCUCAGUCCCAGUAUGAGCUGUCCCCAGCUAGGAAGGUCAGGAUAGUACAUCUGCCUUUCCCAUCCCUGGACCAGCCUCAAGCCAGACUUGUUCCUAGAAAGCACCUCACCCUGGCUUCACACAGGCCCACUGCAGCUUACUCUGAGAGGUGUCAUUUUCACUCAGCUCAGGUUACCACACUCAAGCCAUCCCAACCACCUCCUGUCAGCAAAUCUUUGAUGGCUUAGUGCUAAGGGAGCUCCUCCAGAUUCUUCCAGUGCCACACAAGCUAAAGUAACCAACAACAUCCAGAUUAACACUGUGCCUCAGUCAGGAACCUUGAGGCCUACACCCUAUAGAGCAUCAUCUCCCACUUCCCCCCAGAGGGAAGUGCCAUCACCUACCAAACCUCAAACUCAAUAUCUGCUGCAAGACUUCACCCAUCAACCAAUUCCAUAGAGGAAAGUUGACAUUCUGGGACCAGUUGUCUCACAGCCCAUCACAAAAGAGCAGAGGCCAGAGAGGGAGGCCAUGAAGAGGCGGGCCCAACAGGAAUGCCAGAAUGCUGUCAGGUGCACCUCUCCUGGGAAACUUCAGAUUUUCCUCCAGAGAAAGAAGGAUAUGGAAAUUUCCCAAUAUUAUGGCCAUGCAAUGUAAGAGCCGCCCAGAACUUUGUAACAAAUUGCUUUUCAGUGUGGACAAGGAUAAAUAUAGACAAUGAUACAUAUGUAUACAUGGAAUUUCAAGUAUUAUGUAAAUGUGUAGUGACAUAGUUACAUCUGUAGUUAUGUAAAUAUUUGAAAAGUAAAAUUGACUGG